AUGAAGACCUAUAGUCUCUUGAGCACAGUUGCCCUUCUUGGCUCAUUUCCCUUCGUGUCAACCAAGACCAUCAACUUUGUCGCACAUCAGGAUGACGAUCUCCUCUUCCUCAGUCCGGACCUGAUCCGAGACAUUCUUUCUGGUGAACCCAUUCGCACCGUGUUUCUGACCGCGGGCGACGCUGGUCUAGGAUCGGACUACUGGCUGGGCCGUGAGCACGGCUCCCAGGCCGCCUAUGCGCGCAUGUCCGUCGCCAGCAACAACUGGAUCGAAUCCGACGCCGGCAUCGAUGGGAAGGCCAUCACCCUCUAUACCCUGCAAGAUGAUCAAGAUAUCUCCCUGGCGUUCAUGCACUUGCCCGAUGGCAACCUGGACGGAACCGGGUUUGCGGCCGACGAGAAUGACAGCCUGCAGAAGCUUUGGGAUGGAUCAAUUGGCGAAAUCAGGACAAUCGACGGGUCUGGGACUACAUACACCAGAGACGAGCUGCUGAAAACUAUUGCCGCUCUGAUCGAUGAUUUCGAGCCCGACGAGGUCAAGACGGGCGACUAUGUGAACGACUUUGGCGACGGAGACCACAGUGACCACUACGCCACCGGAUAUUUCGUUGACAAUGCGUUGAGGACGUCCAACAGCGAUGCCGGCCUGACUGGAUACUACGGCUACCCAAUUCAGGAAAUGGCGGUUAACCUGAACGACUCGGAUAUUGAGGACAAGACCAACAUCUUUUACGAGUACGCGGCAUAUGACACCGCGACCUGCAGCACGGCGGAUAGCUGCUCGAGUCGGCCUGAAUCUUCGUGGCUGCUGCGUGAGUACCAGGUUUAG